AUGAGAACCCACAAUGGAAUACGAAACUUUUCUGGUAAAGGUAUUUCCCUGUGUUUGCUUGUGAAUUGGAAGUGCAGAACAUACUCGGGUGCUUUCAGGAAGUUAGAAUAUGCUCGAUCUUUAACUUGUCAAAAGUAAUUUAUAACAUGUAAUUUCCAACCUACUGUAGGUGUUCAGAAACUGAAUGACGACUGUAGGCGUAUUCAUUCGCAGAAAUCCAACAAGUGGGAUGCAGCUAAAGAUGUCUUGCAAGUCGAGGAAAGGUUAAGAUAUUUGAGUGAUCUACAAAGAACGCCAAGGCAAUACAACAAGAAAGCAGAUGAAUAUUGGUCAGCAGGUAUUUGUGAAAGUCGCAGCAAGCGUCCUCAGUUAUCUAAUCAAGAGCAGGCUGAUGAAAAUGAAGAGGACCUUUCGACUCUUACUUCUGAAGAACUUUGA